GUCAAAUUAUUCGCGAUCACUGCAGUCUUGCUGUUUGUCAUUUGUAAAUGCUGAUUUGCAGAUCAUUGAUCAGUCACGAUGGGUAAGAGGGUUGCAAUCAUUGGUGCUGGAGCUAGUGGACUGGCUGCCAUUAAAUGCUGUCUAGAUGAAGGUCUGGAACCAGUGUGCUUUGAGAAAGCAGAUAACAUCGGAGGACUAUGGUACUAUCGCGAGGAGCGGGAGGAUCAAGGGUGUGUCUUUGAGUCAACGGUUAUCAACACAAGCAAAGAGAUCAUGUGCUUCAGUGACUUCCCCAUUCCAGAAGACUUUCCAAACUUCAUGCACAACAAACUUGUUCUGAAGUACUACCAGCUCUUCUGUGACCGCUUUGAUCUUCGGAAGUACAUCCGCUUUCACACUAAAGUGCACUUUGCUGUCUUUGCAGAUGACUACAAGCAAACAGGAAAAUGGAAAGUUACAACAACUCGUCAAGAUACUGGCAAGCCAGUGACUGAGAUCUAUGAUGCCGUUCUUGUGUGCACAGGACAUCACUGCACACCAUACAUCCCAGAGUUUGAAGGACGGAAAGAGUUCAAAGGUCGAGUCCUCCACACACAUGAUUACCUGACGCCUAAAGGAUUUGAGAAUAAACGCAUCAUGAUCAUCGGAGUGGGUAACUCUGGCUGUGAUGCUGCUGUGGAGCUCAGCAGGUGUGCAUCUCAGGUAUACCUGAGUACACGCCGAGGAAUGUGGGUCAUACACCGUUUGGGAAAUGGAAAUAUCUUUUUCCCUCAGAGACUAUCUGAACUUCUUCCUUAUUCAGUGAAGGAAAGGGGAUUCAGGGCUGCCUUGGAACAGAGAGUUGAUCACAAGUUUCUUGGCAUCCAACCUAACCACUCACCAAUGGCACAACAUCCAACAGUUAAUGACUUUCUCUCUAACUGUAUUGUGAAUGGAUCAAUAAUUAUCAAACCAGACGUGAAGCACUUCACAUCGACUGGUGUCAUGUUCCAAGAUGGAACCACUGAAGACCUAGACGUUGUCAUCCUUGGAACUGGGUAUGUCUUUCAAUUCCCCUUUCUUGAAGAUUCAGUAAUUACAGUGGAAAAGAACCAACUACCACUCUACAAGUAUGUCUUCCCAACAAAUCUUCCACAUCCAACCAUUGCUUUCUUAGGGUACAUCCAACCUAUAGGUGCCAUUAAUCCUAUAUCUGAGCUCCAAGCUAGAUGGGCUACAAGAGUGUUCCAAGGUCUUACCAAGCUACCUACAGCAGAUCAAAUGAAAGCUGACAUGGUGAGUAAACAAGAAGCCAUGGCCAAGCGUUACGUCUCCUCUCCACGGCAUACCAUCCAAGUAGAUUUCAUUAAGUACAUGGAUGAUGUUGCUAUAGAGUUUGGGGCAAAGCCAGAUUUCUGGAAGAUGUUACUCUCUGAUCCUAUCCUAGCUGUGAAGUGUGUUUGUGGUCCAUACUCACCCUAUCAGUAUCGUCUGGUUGGACCGGGUCAAUGGAGUGGUGCUCGUGAUGCUAUUGUUAACAUCUGGGAUAGGAUCAAUAAACCUCUGCAGUCCAGAAAGAUACCAGCUACUCAGAGUGGCAGCUUUUUUAACAGUUGGAUGAUUUAUGCAAUAGUGCUGUUUGUUGCUUUCUACUUUCUUUGGUGUUGAGUCUCUUUGGGAAAUAUUACCCUUCAUGCAUCAUUCAUUCAUAUCACUGAAAUAAAUUAAAAAAUCAUUUUAUAGGCCUAUCAUACAUGUAUUAAAUUUGUGAUCUGACAGUUGGCCCAAACAUAAGCAUUUUGAAGAUAAUGCUCAGUGUUUUUAAUUAUGAAGGGGUUAGAAAUAAAUUUAUUUCAUUUCCUGAUUUUCUAAUACAUUGUAUGAUGGAAGAGCCUGUAUUUUGAGGAUGCUUGUAACCCCAACAAUUUUUGUACUUUUAUAGCUUUUAAAGAUGUAUGGAUUUGGUCUUGAAAAUGUUUCAGGAGACUGUAUUAAGAUUUCAAGCCUCUAUUCAUAGAAAAAUUGCAACACAAAGUUUUCUUUAUAAGAUAGGUAUAAGUACUUCUUCAAUGUGUACUUUCUGUGAAAAUCAUGAACAGACGUUGUCUCAUUUAUUUGUAAAUUGUGAAAAAGUACGAUCUUUCUGGAAUGUUAUAUGUGCAUGGUUAAAAGACAAGAACAUACGAAAUGUUUUGUUCACAGAUGAAGAAUAUUUUUGGGGUAUAUUUUAUAUUCACUUGUAAAAUGCAAAACGUUAUUCCACUAUUUCCUUCUUUUCAACGAGCUCUCAAACAUUUAGAAAAUAUGGAACGUACAAUUGUUUUCAAGAAGCACCGUCUCGAUCUUCAUAAUUAGAAAUGGCAGAUAUUUUGUUAACUUUUUCUUUAUUGCUGAUGAGUUAACUAUUACACUAUAUUUUUAUUAUACAUAUCCUAUGUCUAUACGAACAUGUUAUUAUUACUAUUAUUAUUAUCAUGU